CGGUAGUGGGUGGGCGGGAAGGCGCGCUCAGGCAGGUGUAAACACCACGACACGCCAGCUUGAACCAAUCUGGAGCAAAUUCACUGCUGAUCACUGUCUCACUACAUGCAUGUGGCUGUAACAGCGCGAUGCCUUCUAUUGCUGACGAGCCGCCCGCGCUGCACGAUGCGCUAGACUUAUUGCAUAAAGCAUCCAGGACACCAGCAAAGCAGCGGACAGUCAAAGUAUCCAGCAUAGUUGAUGUCAUCUGCCGACACGCGCUUCAACAUGGACUCGACCAGGAUGCCCUUCGAGACGUUGUACAGCUGGCGUCAGUAAAGACGAAUUUAGACCAGACAAGUGUAACAACACUGGUCAAGAAUCUGUAUCCCGCUCAGUGGGUACCCGGUGAUAUCAUUGUUACUGUCGUGGGGGCACUCGGUCAGGGUAAGGGCAAGCCUUCGCCGGCGACCCAAGAUAGCCUCGUAAAGUGGCUCACGGCUGUCCACGAGAUCAUUGAAGAUGCAAAUGUCUUAUCUCGCCUGUACGGUGUGCUGUUCAGCAUGCUAGACAUGAUCAGUAUCAGGACCUCACUGUGUCAUCUGCUAUCAUUGAUUACUCGCAGAAAGCACGUCAAGCCGUUCCGAAUACAACAACUCCUUGAACUAUCCCGGGGCCUCGGGAACGAACCUGCACUGCAAGGUCUUCUCCGCGUAUACAAGGAUUACUACCCCGACAUCAUUCUUGGAAGUACUUCCACGAGCCGGAAGUCAUUUUCUCCGCGACCGGACUCGGUGUGGCGAACAAGGAUCUCUGCCAUCCAAGAAGCUAGCGCAGCAACGAACGACUCUUCAGUCGAUCGUCAUAAUGGCUUCAGGGUGCUACGAAAAGGCCCAAAGAGGAGCAAGGUAGCAGUCAUUCCCGAAGUUCACACCUACUACGCGACUGAGAAUUCUGUGACUCUCGAAGGGAUCGACAACGUUGAAGAUUUUGUGGAGAAGCUUGACAGGCUAGAGCCGCCAGGCCAGUUGGUUGCACUCCUCACUGAUUCACUUCUACAAAAGUACGUUGAGCUGACGCCAUCGCCGAUCGUAUCAACUCGAAUCGAUCUAUGGCUUGCAACAUGCCUUGAAGAACUGUAUGAGGCUGAGGGUUUGGAGACUGGAGAUGCACAGUACUUGUCUGAAGUUCUCGAUGGACUUCUCAAGCAUGCUCAGUACACAAAGGCCAUGCACCCCACUGUCUUAGCGUUCCUCAAGGAGUAUCUACCGAUUUGGAACGGCCAGGAAAAUGUUGACAGCAUACUCGGUCUUCUGUCUUACAUUCCAAUCGACUCGUUCAAAGAUGUUUACUCUACCUACCUUUCCUCCGCCGAACGAGCUUUAGCAGGCCAUGGACCCUCCGCACACCCAAAGCUCAUCGAAUUUUACUCAUCUCUCUUCCAGCAUCAAGUAUCCACAACAUCCUCCAAGAACGACCGCCAUUCGAGUUCAAGUCACCGAGUUCUCAAAGACCUCGUCGCACAUGUCUCCGAACUGUCCACAUCAUUACUCCUUUCGUUGCCCUUGAACUCAGGCUCCAGUCUCAUAUCUUCUAUCCUCGGCUUCUACGAGCUCCUCUCCACAUCUUCCAAACCACACGUCAUACCAAUAAUCCUACCACCAAUGCAUCUAAUCUACCUGCUGGCUCAAAAUGCUUCUUCAACAAUGCUUUCCCGCGUCUACGGCAUCAUCGGCUCCUACAAGGUAGCCUUCGAUCAGCAUCCCAAGCCUGUAAAAGACUACUAUCCCGUCUCUGUUACGGAAAGGCUGAACUCUUGUCUCCGCGAUUUAUACAACAUGUUAUGGGUAUCUCGCGCUCUCAGCAUCCAAGACCAGAAGUCCGUUGGAUUGUACUGUGAUCCAUCACUGCGGGUUGCGCUCAAAGACUACCUGAGCAGCCUCGAUCGCGAUUAUUCCAUCAGCACCGCCUUUGCAUUAUCGAACAACGCCUGGCUGGCGUCGGGCUCGGCUGCCGCGUGGCGCGCGCUCGAAGAGAGGGAUAUUGAGACGGAAGGCUACGACAAGGAUAGUAUUCGAUAUCAUCAUGGUCCUGUGACUCCGCGUAGUCUGGAGGUGUUGAAGAGAAAAGGGGGUAUCAAUGUGGAGUGGGAUGGCCCGAUGGGCUACAAGGUCUUUGUUCUGAACUGGUUGGCGGAGAGGGGUUUGAGUGGGAUCAAGCAAUUUAUGUUCGCCACUGUCACGGAUCUGAAGGGCAAGGUGUGAACGCGUACGCGAAAAGGUUGUCUGUAGAAGUAGUAAAGAGCGACUGGAAGCAGUGAACUUUGAAGCAGGUGGCUAUGUGAUAGUGUGAUGCUGAUGAUGUAACAGUGCUCGUAAUCCUAAUUUCAAGUAUGAUCAAACUGAUCUUUUGCUCACAUGUAAGACUACUAUAGGGCAG